GUGUUUAAAAUUGCAAUUACAGACGAACGCGUGAGUUCAUUUCGCGCGGAUCCGUACCGUGAUAGGAACCGAGAAUUCGCGUGACCUUCAGGAGAAAAUAGAGACGUGGGGGAAUAAUGGCUCAAUCGCAGUUGAAACGUAUCGUCGAAGAAAUAGUCGAAAAUUUUGUGCAGACCUUUAAAAAUCUGGAGGAUAUUUGGUGCAAUUACACCGAGGAGAUGCGGAUCGUGUGCUACAUGAAUGUGCAAACAGAUGCUGAAGGUGUUAAAUGAGAGUCUCGGAACACGAUUCGAGAUGUAUUGGCCACCCUGUAUACGGACCAGCCCGACCAGCCGAGGAGAAAGAGUGUUUCUCGCAGUCGCAGUACUCGCAGUUUCUCAGCGACGAGUGUCAGACGAGUGAGACAGUGAAGUGAGAUUCGCGUCCGUCGUGUUUCAUGAUAAAAAUUAUGCAGAGGGAGGAGAAGCAACUGGAAUCGGCCUUGGACGCCAUAAUAAUGCGAGUGAACGACCUGAAGAACGCGAUUGCCGCGAUGAUAUUUAAGUUGGAGCACGAGUACGAGACCUUGAAUUGGCCCAACUUCCUCGACAAUUUCGCCCUUAUUUCGGGCCACUUGACCAGCCUCUCCAAGAUCCUCGCGCACGACAAAGCGCCGAAUCUGAAGAAUCUGACGGUCCUACCGUUACGCCUGUGCCCGGAGAAGGACGAGGAGCUGCUGCGACUGACCGAGAAUCGUAUUCCCACGUUCGCGCACGACCUGGUCCCGGACUACCUGCGGACGAAGCUGGAGCCCCAAGCCGAGCAGAAGAUGCUGCAGUUGGAGGCCAAGGCCGCGAACGUUAACAUUGAUACGUCGCAUGACUACAAUAAACAACUGGCACAGUACACUAAAGUGAUUAGCCACGUGUGGGACAUAGCGAAUAAGGCGCGCGAAGACUGGGAGGGCGAGGUCAGCACCAGAGCGACACAGGCGCAGACUAGCAGUGCUGCGGACACCCAUGCCCUGCUGGCGGCUGUAGGAAUGGGAAAAGGCCUGAAAUCUGAUUCGAUACAAAUGGUCCAAUCCGGCGUAAAUCCGGUAGCCAACAGCAUGAUGGUAGGCAGACCUGGCAAUCAGCAGCAAACGACGGGUCAGGGCCCACUGGGGAAUCCACCGAUGGGGCAAAUGAACAAGGCACCGAGUGCAAUCAAAACGAAUAUCAAGGCAGCAUCACAAAUCCACCCUUACAGAUAAGAGUGACACCUCUGUCGUUUAAAAUGCAUUGUAGGAUGAUUGUGACCGACAACUGUCCACAUAGCGUGUUUCUUUGACACGAUGGCGUACGAGCGAGGAGAAAUACACUUGUUCAUCACUGGCACAGUGGCAGCCUGUAAGCCUUGUUCG